AUGCAGCUCUCCAAGGUUGCACUUCUUCUUGCAGCCCUGCCGACAGCUUUCACUGCUGCGGUAGUGCUCUGUCCACUUGGCUGCCACAGAUGCGACGGCUCCCAGACCAUUAUCUGGGAGUGCGUUGAUCGAGGAAACGGUAUUCGAGCGAUGAGAGGCGUCCAGCAUCAAGAUACGCCAGCUCUGGUCCCAACGGAGGCGGACUGCCAGCUCGGUGCCAACAAGUGCGACGAUACAAACUCUUCAGUCAUGAUCUGCGGGGCUCAAGGCUGGAAGGCCACUGAGAGUUGCUCCAAGGUCGGUGCCUGUCAUGUCGGACCUGCUGGCAAUGCCUACUGCAACAAGGAGGUCGAGUGCAACCCAGGAGAAUCUCAGUGUGUCGCCACCAACUACGUCUCCAAGAUCUGCAACGACAAGGGCUUCUGGGAGACCAACCGCAAGUGCUCCAAGCCCGGCUGCUGCAAGGUGCAAGAUGGCAAGGCAGUCUGCAAGGCCGAGUGCAGUCCUGGUCAACAGCCGCCUGCCGAGCGCUCUACUCUCAAGGCCAUACGCGAUGUUCCCAUGCUUGGAGGUUACUGCACGUCCGUCGGCGAACGCUACUGUGAUGAGCCUGCCCAUGACUACAUCCUCAAGUGCGGUAGUGACAAGAUCUUCCACCAAUAGAAG